UUGAGUAUUUUAUUCGAAAUUGAACAAAACACUCAAUCGGCCGGGCGAUGGAUCGGAGCAAAUGUGACCCAGGCAUUAGAUUGCGUGACUACUGAUAAUAUCAGUCAGACGACAUUAAAAGAAACGACGAGUAGUAUACUGCCAAGUCAACGAAGGAGUUGUUUAAAGCUUGCCAAAAAGCCACAUGCUGCAUAUUGGAUUGUCCAUGCGCUCGACGACAAAUAAUUAGUCUGGUUGGAUGAAUAAAAACGUGGAUUAGGAAGUACAGGCUUACCAGUUGACAUCCAUCUGGACAAAAUCGUGCUUUGGUUUAGUCAUCGAGAUUUAAACAAUAGCGGUUUUCCAACACAGUCAUGUCCGGUGACAAGACAGAAAGAACCUUCAUCAUGAUCAAGCCCGAUGCUGUCCAGAGAGGACUUGUCGGCAAAAUCAUUUGCAGAUUUGAGGAGAAGGGCUUCAAAUUGGUCGCAAUGAAACAAAAAAUCGGCAGCAAAGAACUCUUUGCAAAACACUACGAGUCCCUGAAGAAAUUAAAAUUCUACGAUGGACUGGUCGCCUACAUGGCAACAAGCCCGGUGGUCGCCAUGGUGUGGGAAGGAUUGGGGGUAGUGAAAACGGGAAGACUAAUGCUGGGAGAGACGGACCCCGCUAAAUCCCUUCCUGGUACCAUUAGAGGAGAUUAUUGCAUCGAAAUCGGCAGAAAUAUAUGUCACGGAAGUGAUUCUGUAGCAUCAGCCAACGAUGAAAUUGCACUUUGGUUCGACGAUUCAGAACUAUGCCACUGGACCCCAAGUAACUCAGCUUGGAUAUAUGAAUAGAUUCGACAUUAACAGAUCUAGACUCCUAACUCGGAACAAUCAGCUACAAUAAAACCUGUUCCACUUGGGAGGUGUUCCACUUUUAGAGGUCCUCUCGACCCCCAUCCUUCUUGACUACGGGCGCUGUGAACUAACCAAGAUUCAGACAUUAUAUUGUUGUAUCAGUCAAGUAGCAUACAACUAACAUCAUGAAAGCUAUUUAUAUAACAAGAGAACCCACAAGGAUUUCCAUUUUUCCAUUUAGAAAAUAUUUGUCUAGAUAUAUUUUGAAUGUAGUUUUACUUGGCUAGUCUAUUUAUUGUAGCUGUGAGUUAUGCAUAGUGUGCAAUGGUGUAACGACUGAAAUAAAGCGAAUUUCCUCUGUACCUAAAAGUGAUUUUUUGUGAAAGGCAGGAGUAUUAUUCAUUGGGCCUUGAUAAUUUGACUCCUGAUCUGAAGUUCUUUUAUGAUUCCCUUACCAU